CGACUUUCAGACGAUCUGAUCUGUUGACUUAACAGGAAAACAAGCAAAGGCAUUCGCGAGGAGGGCAUACAUGUUUUCUCGCGUGUCGUUCUCAGGACAUCUGUAACCAGGAAGUACGUCUCUGUUGGUGCUCGAUCACUUGUGCGUACUAUAUGCGUCCUUUAAAACCAGGACUGUAAGACUGUAAGUACAUGCGAAACGGAUCAAGUCAUGACUGACGUCGGUGCUCGGUGGACAUGGUCAUGUUGAGGCAUUGCGUGGAUGUCCUGCUGAUGUGACAUGUGCUUACUUCAGCUCAGGAUGAGUAAAGAAAUGGAGGAGCUUUCUCCCUUUGUCUAUUCGGGACACAGCGAUGAGUCUGAGGGAGAAACAGAGGAGGAUGACGAGCCCAAAAUCUGUCAAGUAUGUGGAGACAAAGCCACAGGAUACCACUUUAAUGCCAUGACCUGUGAGGGCUGCAAGGGCUUCUUCAGGCGUUCCAUGAAGCGCCUCGCACAGCUCUGCUGCCCGUUUCAGAACACCUGUGUCAUCACCAAGACCAACAGGAGACAGUGCCAGUCCUGCCGACUCCAGAAAUGCCUCUCAAUCGGCAUGAGGAGGGAAUUGAUCAUGUCGGAUGAGGCCGUGGAGAAGCGGAGGAUGCAGAUCAGGAGGAAGAAGAUGCAGGAAGAGCCUGUAACGCUCUCCCCUCAACAGGAAGCUGUCAUACAGGAGCUGCUCACCGCUCAUCAAAAGACCUUCGACAUGACUUGUGCCCACUUCAUUCAGUUCCGGCCUUUAGACCGUGAUCAGAAGUCCAAGUCUCGGUGCGCUGGAGAGCCAAACAGCAGCAGGUUCACUUACACAACCAUGCAUGAAGAUGCAAUGCAGCAGACCAUCACCUUUGUCUCCCCCUCAUUCCCUUACUUCAGCAUUCACAGUCCUGAAACUACAGAGAAGAAGCAGCAUAAAAGUGCCAUCUUCACCUCUCUGCCACAUUUUACAGACCUCACCACAUACAUGAUCAAGAAUGUAAUCAACUUCGGCAAGACGCUUACUAUGUUCAGGGCUCUUAUCAUAGACGACCAGAUCUCGCUGCUGAAAGGCGCCACCUUUGAGAUCAUUCUGAUCCACUUCAACAUGUUCUUUAAUGAGAUGACGGGGAUCUGGGAGUGCGGCCCGCUGCAGUACUGCCUGGAUGACGCCAUGCGAGCUGGUUUCCAGUGUCAUCUGCUGGACCCCAUGAUGAACUUCCAUUACACACUGCGCAAGCUGCACCUGUGUGAAGAGGAGUAUGUGCUGAUGCAGGCCAUCUCGCUCUUCUCACCAGAUCGGCCCGGUGUGAAACAUCACAGCGUGAUCGACCGCAACCAGGAAACACUAGCUCUCACCCUGAAGACCUACAUUGAGGCCAAGAGGACCGAGCCAGAGAAACAUCUGCUGUUCCCAAAGAUCAUGGCGUGCCUGACUGAGAUGAGGAGCAUGAAUGAAGAGUACACGAAACAAGUGCUGAAAAUCCAGGACAUUCAGCCUGAAGUGUCUCCGCUUUUACUGGAAAUAAUAAGCAAAGACAGCUAAGCCUUCACAGAGCAGAUGAACUCCUGAACUCUCUAUCACCAGCUGCGUUGACCUUCAUCUGAAGACACUAAGGACUGAAAUAUAGUCAAGACAAGGACUGUGACUACUGAUAAUGAACUACUGAACUGCAGCACACUGCAGAUGUGGAACUCUCAUUUUAUAAGUGUGUUACUAAAUGUAACUGUGUAUGAGUUUAUCUCACGAGCAAUCUUUUUCUGGAUCUUUUCAUGAAAGAACAAUUUCUAUGGUUCAUAAGCAGAUGUAGGAUGGCACAUAAUAUCUUUUACAUUCACUGAAUGAAUGAAGCUUGAAAGGUGAUGCUGCAAGAGAAAGUUAUCAUGGCAGCAUUAGAUCACAAACGUAUAAAACGAUGAUAUGAUAUACGUGCAUAUAGUCAUUUGUGCUAAUAGUCUGCCUUGAUGAAUAGGUUUAUUUAUUAUUCAUUUUUAAAUGCAAAAUAGUCGUAUAAGUUAAACGCUUCAAGGUAUGUUGUGUUCAGAUUAUUUAAUAUCAGUGACGGCGUCAUAUGUGAGUAGCU